CUUGUUGGUGGCCAUGUAUGUGCUGUGAAAUUCAAACACAAUUGUUAGAAGGGAAGCGAAAGAAAGGAGGGAAGAAGAAAAAUGAUUCUGAGAACUCCACCGCCGUCGAAGAGGCCACGCGGCGGCGGCGAUGCGGACGGCGACGGCAAUGGACAGCUGGUCAUCUACGAGGAUCCGCCGGAGUCAUCCCAGGAACCCUCGGCUUCGGAGCACAUGCUCUGCACCUAUCAGUGUCGCCAGAUGGUCAAAUCAGAUUUUAUUGAAGCCUUAAACAAAGCUGAAAAUCAAGCUCGUGAUUAUCAAUCAAAAUUUGAGACAUUGGAGGAUAAUUUCCAAAAAGUUGAAUCCGAGAGGAAGAAAUUUGUGGACCAAUUCUUAUAUGCGGAACAGGAGCUUGCAGCUGCAAAAGGGCGUGAACAGGCACUCCAGGAACAACUUUUGAAGGAGGUCACUGAGUCUCAAGAACGAUUAAGAAAACAAAUCCAAUUGAACAGCGAACUCCAGGUAAAGCUCCAAAAUGAGAUGAACCUUCGCAAAACAGCCGAGUCUCAUGCUUCUUCAGCAGAGGAGAAAAUGACAUCUUUAGAAGGAAAGCUAGGCCAUCUCGCAGAAAGUAUAGAAAGGGAAAAAAAGCGACUUCAUGAUGAGCAUUCACAACUGAAAAGUGACUCAAAGUUAUCUAUUUCUAGAAUAUCUGCCAACCUUGAACAAAUGGAAUGCAGAGCUAAUAAUGCUGAGAGAGAAGCAGAGCUGCUAAAAGAACAGCUGAAACAUCUUAAGGGUCAACUUAAUGAGUGUUUGCACCAGAAGAUUGAACUUGAAAAAAAAGUAUCUAGUUUAAUGUUUCAAGAAGUUGCUUCUACAGAGAGUAAUGUUUUAGUCAAGCAUUUGCAACAGGAGCUUCGGAACUAUGAAUCCGAAGUUAGGGAAGCACGAAAACUUAGAUCAAGUCAUGAGAACAUUGACCUUUUGAAGGAGAAAUUAAUAGAGGAAAAGAGUCACCGGGAAAGGGCAGAAUCAGAGCUAUCCAAGUUACAAGAUAUCCAGUUAAACAUGAAAAAGUUGGAGGAUCAAAUAUCAUCAUGGAGAAUGAUGAUUACAGACAUACCUGGUGUGACAUGUUUUGAGGACUUGCCUGUUAAAUUUGCAGCUUUACAGAAAGAAGUCAUUUAUAGUACACAGAAAGAGGGCGAGAUAACUGCUCGCUUGAAACAAAUGGAGGUGGCUCUAGAUGCUAUUGAAAUUGGUAAAAAAAAUGCUGAAGCUGAGGCUGCGUUGGCUAAAGAGAAAGCAGAAGUAUUGAUAUCAGAAAUUAAACGAAUUGAAUUAAUGCUUGCUGUUGUUACUGAGGAAAGAGAUAAAUUAAGAAAUGGUGCUUCCAAGAAUGUUGAAACUCUGGAUGCAUCAAAAAAUGAACCUGAAUCAUUUCUUACGAAGAAAGAUGAUUGCAUUAAAGAAUUAGAAAGUACGUUGCAUGAUCAGAGAUUGAUUAAUAGUCGUCAGUUAGAGGAAAUAAAGUUACUUAAUGAAAAGUUGCACAGUGAAGCAAGAAGAGUGAAGUCAUUGGAGAGGGAGAGUGACCGACUCCGAUCAGAGAUUUCAUUACUAGAGGCAAAGUUGGGUCACGGUGAUUUUUCUGCUGCUAAUACAAAAGUUCUGCGUAUGGUAAAUACACUUACUGUUGAUAAUGAGGCCAAACAAACUAUAGAGGCACUGCAAACAGAGCUGCAAAAAACAAAAGACAAGUUAAAAGCUGUGGAAGAAUUGAAAAGUCAAUCAGGAGAAGGAGGAAAGCUAGUAGAUAGCUACAUAUCGGAUAAGAUGUUGAAACUAAAAGAGCAAAUUGCAACACUUGAAAAACGAGAAGAAAGAUACAAGACUGUGUUUGCAGACCGAAUCUCAGUUUUCCGGAGGGCAUGCUGUGAGCUUUUUGGUUACAAGAUUGUGAUGGAUGAACACCAUCGACCAAAUGGAAUACCGGUCACACGAUUUACCUUGCAAUCCAUUUAUGCACAAAGUGAUGAUGAGAAGCUUGAAUUUGAAUAUGAAUCGGGGAAUACUAACAUUUUGGCAAAUCAUUAUACAUCUCUGCCCGAGGUUUCUCGUCAGCAGGUGGCAUGGCACAACCACAAACUAUGGAGCUGAAAGGAAAACUGCAGGAUCAAGAAAUUGUGAUCUUGAUAGAUAAUGGAGCUAGUCACAAUUUCAUAUCUGGCAAGGUACUUAAAAACUUGGGGAUCAACAAGAAUCAACCCAACCGGCCUUAUUAUGUAAGAUUAGGAGGGGGAAAGAGGAAGGCCACACAAAGUUGUUGCUAGAAUUUGGUCAUGCGGUCAGGACAAUAUAAUAUGGUAGGAGAAUUCUAUUUGUUCAAAUUGGAGGAGUGGAUUUGAUUCUUGGUGUGUCCCGUUACCAUCCCUAUUAUCUAAUCAGGGAAAAUCCAGUCAACAUAAAACCAUAUCAAUACCUCCAUCUGCAAAAAAUUGAAAUAUAGAGACCCAGGUAGCCGAAAUGUUGGAGAUUAGUAUCAUACAGCCCAACAAUAGCCCAUAUUCAAGCCUAAUUAUUUUGGCAAAGAAAAAAGAUCGCAGUUGGCAGUUUUUUGUGGAUGACUGAGCCAUUUUACUAGAUGAAUUUACUAUUCUAGUGAUAGAGGAGUUGUUGAAUGAAUUAAAUGGGGUUUUUGUAUUUUUCUAAGAUAAAUUUAAGGAUUCGUAUCAUCAAAUCAAGAUGCAUGAAUCACCUAUAUUGAAGACCGCCUUCAAAAACAUAUGAAGGUCAUUAAGAAUCUUUGGUAAUGCCUAUUGUUUUAACCAAUGCACCAACUUCUUUUAAGGGCACCAUGACCUCUAUCUUAAAAGUCUUUCCUUAGAAGGCAUGUCCUUGUUUUCUUUGAAUAUAUAUUGGUAUAUAGCAUAAUAUUGAACAUUUGAGGCAUGUGUUAAUAAAAUUAGCAAAGCAGUCUUUCUUUGUUAACCAAAAAAGGUGUGCUUUUGGAAAAACAAGGAUUUCUUAUUUGGGGAAUUUGAUGGACACCCACAAGAUUAAAGCUAUUUUACAGUGGCCCUUACCAAGGAUUAUGAAAGCCUCGGGAGAGUUUUUAGGACUUACUAGUGGUUACUAGAGGUUUAUAUGUAAUUAUAAAUCACCAAUUGACUGGCUUAUUGAAGACGGGAAUUAUGGACACAAGAGAGUUCUGAAGAUUCACCAAGUUACAACAGACUGUUACUACUGCUCCAACUUUACUCAUGCUAGAUUUUUCACAUAAAUUCUCCAUAGAAUGUGAUGCAUCGGGAAAGGGAAUAGGGUUUUGUUGAUGCAGUAAAAGACAUGUAGCAUAUUUUAACAAUGAUUUCGUAGAUUUUACACUUGCUAAACCAGCCUAUGAGAAAGAAUUGAUGACUUUUAUUGAAUAUAGUGAAAACUAGGUUUAGGAUUAAUCUUCCUUUUGUCUAAAAUACAAGUAGGGUGAAUAUAUUUUUAAGAAAGAGUAAUACAAGUAUAUAUGGCAACCAAACAUAAAUAAGGUAAAUAGAAGAUAUUAUUAAAAACAAUAUCUACCAAUAUCAAACAAUGUCUAUGUUUCCCUAAUAAAUAAUAGAUGCUAUGUUUCCCUAAUUAACAAUAGAUGCUAUGUUUCCCUAAUUAACAAUAGAUGCUAUGUUUCCCUAAUUAACAUAAAACAUAGUAUAUCUAAUAGCUUUGAUACUAGCUAUCCAACAUGGGAAGCCACAUUUGUUAGGUCAGAAUUUUACUUUAUUUACAAGCGAAAGAACUUGUAGAUGUUUCUUGGAGCAGAGAAAAACCACUCCACACCAGCAAAAUUUGCUGCCAAAGCUGAUAGGGUAUAUGAAUUUGGAUUAUUAAAAUUUCCACAAUUUUGGUUAAAACCAGAUCUUUCUUAACCCUUCAGCGAUCUCUGCAAUGUCUGGCCAAAAGGGUGCCAAAGCUGAUAGGGUAUAUGAAUUUGAGAUAGUGUACAAGGUGGGUGCUUCCAAUAUAAUUGAGGAUGCUUUGUCUCGGUGGCAUGUGGAUAAAGAAAUGUGAGCUAUUAAGACCCUUUUGGCCAGACAUUGCAGAGAUCCCUGAAGGGUUAAGGAAGAUCUAGUUUUAACCAAAAUUGUGGAAAUUUUAAUAAUCCAAAUUCAUAGCCAUGCUAUGAUAGUCUAUAGCAGAGCAGGUUCUCCAUGGGUUCCUAAAUUCCUCCAUGAAUUUCAUGCAUUUCCCACGGGAAACAUUUGGGUAUUUUUAAAGAACCUAUACAAGAAUGGCAACAUUGAUUUCUUGAUUGGCAUGAAGGGAACAAUAACAGAGUAUGUAGUGCUUCCAAUAUAAUUGAGGAUGCUUUGUCUCGGUGGCAUGUGGAUAAAGAAAUGUGAGCUAUUAAGACCCUUUUGGCCAGACAUUGCAAUGAUCGCUGAAGGGUUAAGAAAUAUCUAGUUUUAAGCAAAAUUGUGGAAAUUUUAAUAAUCCAAAUUCAUAGCCAUGCUAUGAUAGUCUAUAGCAGAGCAGGUUCUCCAUGGGUUCCUAAAUUCCUCCAUGAAUUUCAUACAUUUCCCACGGGAAACAUUUGGGUAUUUUUAAAGAACCUAUACAAGAAUGGCGACAUUGAUUUCUUGAUUGGCAUGAAGGGAACAAUAACAGAGUAUGUAGUGACCUAUCAUGUGUGCCAAAGAAGUAAAUACCAGGAUCACGAUAGCCAUUACCCAUUCCUACAGCCACUAGGAGGAAAUUAGUAUAUAUUUUAUUGUGGGUACUUCUAAAUUUAAAGGUUUUUAUGUGUUGUUGGUAGUAGACACACUGAGUAAAAAUCAAUAUUUUAUUUGCUUAGGCAUCCCUAUACUUCAAGGUCCAUUGUAAGUGUCAGAUCCUACUUUUAUGAGUUUAUUUUGGUAGGAAAUUUUCAGACUACAGGGAACUGUACUGAGCAUGAGCACAACUUCCCACCCAAUGUUAGAUGGACAAACUGAAGUUCUUAACAGACUGUUGGAAACCUAUGUCGGGUGUUUUUGUUCUGAACAGCUGAAGUCUUAGGCAGAUUUUAUACCUUGGAUGGACUUAAUAUUGGCAUAAUACUGGUUUCCUAGGAGCUGUACACUGCACCCCAUUUGAAGUGGCUUAAGGAAGACCAUCGCCUUCUUUGGGAAAAAAAAAAAAAAACUCCUGGGAGAAACAUUUAUGGAAGUUGUUGCACAAGAUCUUAUGAGUUAAAGCAACUCAAAUACCAUUUGCAGAAGGCACAAAACCAGAUUGCUCACUAUGCAAAUUGGUUUAGAAGCAGACCACAUGGACAAGUUUCUAUGUCUAUCAAACUGCAUCUCAAGCUGGCUGCUUGAUAUUAUGGAUCGUAUUUGGUUUAACGUAUUGGUACCAUAGCCUUUAAGCUACAACUUCCAGAGCAAGUCAAGGUACAGCCAGUCUUUCGUUUAUCACAACUAGAGAAAGCAACAAUUCAUGAUCCAGUUCAGAAACAACUUCCGACUGAGUUACAGGAGACAAUUUGGGAACAAUGACAGUCAAACGUUUUUGGGUCAGAAAUUCCUCAAGUGUUGGUCUAAUGGAUAGAAAUGCCCCUAGAAGAAGCUACUUGAGAAGGCAUUUCUUCCAUCAUAGAUCAAUUCCCAACUUUCAACAUUGAGGACAAGGUUGUUUCGUCGGAGGGAAAUUGUUGGAUCUCCGGUACAUGAUAAACCUUUACAUUUCCAGGUUUAUUAUAGGAGAGAAAUACAGACUAAAUUAUGGGAAGACGUAGUUUGCUAUAUACGUUAGUGUUGGGUUUUUUUUUUUCCUGAUUUGUUACAACCUGUUAAGGAAAUGUAUUUUCCUUUACAUAGUCCCCUGGUUUCACUAAGAGGAGGUUAGGAAUUUUGAUUUUGUGUAAACUGGGAAUUCCGAUGUAGAAAAGGAGAUUUGAGGGUAAACUUGUUUACCUUGUUUGUUUAUAAUGCUUGAUACUUAGAGAAAUAAAGAAGUAAUUCAAUGAUCUGUUUUUUGGGGAA